UCUUUAUCACUUAUCUUCACUGAAAUUUUUGAGAUGCUGUCGGUUCCUUUCCACUCAUUGCAGUUUUUGUUUUCCUCGGGUUUAAACCUCACAAAAUGGCACCCCCCGAGAAUCACGUCUUGCCGGUUGCUGAAGAGGAAGAUGGAAACGAUGAUGAUAAUGAGAGUUACGACUCGUCGAAGAAUACUCUAGUGACGAGUCCAUGGAUGAGGAAGACUCACCGGAUCAGAUUUCCUCUUCGAGCGAGUCGGACAUCUCAUCCGAAACGGAGCAAUCUCAAGGAGAAGACUUCGAGGAUUCGUUCGAUGAGGAAUGCGACCGCUGUGCCGUGUGCUACAAAGAGGCGAUGUGGACCUGUGGGGAGUGCAAUGACGAAUUCUACUGUAGCGUGGACCACUUGAAUCGUGACGGGGCCACGAAAAAGUGUGCUUCGCCGGGGA